AUGUCAAAGCAUAUCAAGAAACAAAAUUUUUCUAGUUCACCCUCACAACUAACACGAUCAACAGAAUUAAUACAACCAACAGAACCUCUACCAUCUUCUUCAACUUUUUCAAUUAACGAAACUACUUCUACCACCACGGAUUCAAAUCAUACCGGAUCUUUGGCUAGCUAUCUUGAAAAGAAUUACGGUUCUUCAAUUCAACACCAAAAUUUCAUCAAACAGUCUAUUACCUACUCUUUACCCCAAACCACACAUGUCGAUCAGUUUUUAGGAUGUUCUCCAAUCGAAGAUUAUGAAUUGGCCGAUAAAUUGGGAGAAGGAACUUUUGGUGAAGUUCACAAAGGUGUUCAUAAAAAAACCAAAAAAAUAGUAGCAUUAAAAAGAAUUCUAAUGCACAAUGAAAAAGAAGGAAUCCCAUUGACAGCAAUACGUGAGAUAAAGAUCCUCCAUCAACUAAGUCAUCCAAAUAUUGUCACUCUUUCCGAUAUGGCUAUUUCUUACAACCACGAAGUUCAAGGAACUUCACCAAUUUAUAUGGUUUUCCCUUACAUGGACCAUGAUUUAGCUGGACUUAUUGAAAACAAGAGUGUAAUUUUUUCUGUUCCUCAAAUAAAAUGUUAUAUGAAACAACUACUUGAAGGAACCCUUUACCUCCAUCAACAAAAUAUAAUCCAUCGUGAUUUAAAAGCAGCAAAUCUGUUGAUCGAUAACACUGGAAUAUUAAAAAUUGCAGAUUUUGGUUUAUCGAGGCCCGUAAAAAACAAGGCUUUGACUGCUUGUGUGGUCACUCGUUGGUAUCGAGCGCCUGAAAUAUUAUUAGGUGAAAGACAUUAUACUACUGCAAUUGAUAUAUGGGCGAUUGGUUGUGUUUUUGGUGAAAUGCUUAAAAGAUGUCCUAUACUAAUGGGAAAUUCAGACAUUAAUCAACUUCUAGAAAUAUGCAAAUUAUGUGGCACACCUUCAGAAGAAGUGUGGCCAAAAUGGAAAAAGUUGCCUGUUGCAUCCUCUUUCACUCUUCGAGAAUAUCCAAGAAUCAUUUUUAACGAAUUUGAGCCAAAACAUGGCGCCAUAUCUGCCGAUUUACUUGAUAAAUUACUAGUGCUAGACCCUGAAAAAAGACUUAGUGCUUUUGAAGCCUUGAAUCACAAAUAUUUUCAGACAAGUCCUUUACCAGCAAAUCCUGAUGAUUUACCAAAAUAUGAAUCUAGCCAUGAGUACAAUUGUCGUAAAGAAAGAGAUAGAAGAAAACAUCACAGAAAUCAUGGUAAAAACGAUAACGGCCGUACACCAACCAAUCAAACAUCGAGAAAACACAAAUAUGAAUCAAAUCACGACUACAAUUGUCGUAAAGAAGGAGAUAGAAAUAAACAUCAUAGAAGUCACAGUAAAAACAAUAACGACCAUACGCCCACCAAUCAAACAUACAGGAAACACAAAUAUGAAUCUAGUCACGACUACAAUUGUCGUAAAGAAAGAGAUAGAAGUAAACAUCACAGAAGUCAUGAUAAAAAUAAUAACGACCGUACACCAACCAAUCAAACAUCGAAAAAACACAAGUCAUGA